AUGAAGUCUUCUUUUGCCUUUGUUCUGCUUGCCAUGGUUCUCGGUCUGGUCUGUGCCGCUCCUAUGCCUACUAACGACGGUGAAAAUCAUAACUGCUUCUCUCUCACAUACCCCGUCAAUGGCACUGUAUGGAACAGCUAUGGAACUUAUGAGGUUCUCUGGGACGUCACUGGAACAUGUCAUGAUACAUACUACGCUUACAUGAUCUCUGCAGUUGAAAAUGAAGAUGGCGAAUAUGCUUUGAGCAAUCCUCAAAAGGCCCCUGAACCUGUUGAUCUCACCCUUGGCAAGAAUUACAUUACUCUUAAUUUGAACGAGCCAGCUGGAACUUAUGUAUUUACUAUCAGCAAAGAGUCAGGAGAAGAUAUCGAUUACACUGAUCUUGCAGUUAUCACGGUUGUUUAG